AUGGGGAAGUCCAUCGAACUAGUUAAGAUUCUUAAGAAGAGGAGGAUUAAUAUAGCUUGUGUCCAGGAGACUAAAUGGGUAGGAUCCAGGGCUAAAAAUGUGGACACGUAUAAGUUAUGGUUCUCAAAUAGGUCGAGGGAUAGGAAUGGGGUAGGCAUUUUAGUAGAUAAUGAUUUAAGAGACCAGGUGGUAGGGGUUAAGAGGGUCAGUGAUAGGUUGAUGAAGAUUAAGCUGGUCGUUGGAGGGUUUAUUUUGCACAUUAUUAGUGCUUACGCGCCGCAAGCGGGCUUGGGCGAGGAGGAGAAAAGACGUUUUUGGGAGGAUUUGGACGAGAUGAUGGGAGUGGUAGCCAAUUCGAGUUUCCCUAAGAAGGAGGAGCACUUGGUAACCUUUCGUAGUUCGGUGGCUAAGAUGCAGAUAGACUUUUUACUCCUUAGGAGGGAUGAUCAAGGUCUUUGUAAAGACUGUAAGGUGAUUCUGAGUGAGAAUCUAACGACCCAGCAUAAGCUCUUGGUGAUGGAUUUGGAAAUCAAGAUGAGGAAGAGAAAGAGGGUCAUGGAUGACAGGCCAAGGAUCAAAUGGGGGAGUUUGACCAUGACAGGUGCCCUGGAGAUGGGGGAGAAGUUGAGGGCUAUGGAAGUGUCACACCCCUAA